AUGGUGACCCAGACUCUAGCCACCACGAUAUUAUCAAUUCGCAGCCCGCUGUGGACCGCAUCGCGCAAAAGCUCAACCAAGCUUAUCCGACCCAGCACGCCUGUGCGGCAGUACCGCGCCGUCUGGCCUUCAUACGGCAUCACAACUUCGGCUCCCGACCGUCAAACCCAUUCGAAGCUUCCGUUCCGCUUCCAGACAGGCUAUGCUCUCUUCGCCAAACGGCCCUCGCGCCCCUUCCCCCCACCGUUCCUGUCUCCGCCGUCAUCCUCCUUUUCCGACCCCCUGACCACCCACUCCCUGAGUCAGGAUAAGAGAUUAUCCGUUCGGGGUGAACUGAUCCGCGGACUGAAUAAUGGAGACGACGCAGUAUUGGUUGCGGAGAAUUUCAUCGGGGUAAACGAUGGCGUGGGGGCGUGGGCGACGAAGGAACGUGGCCAUGCUGCCCUCUGGUCCAGACUCUUGAUACAUUUCUGGGCGCUGGAAGUCGAACGGGAAAUCGAGAAACCUCCUAAGCUAGAUCCUGUCGAAUGCCUGCAACGAGCCUACGAGGAGACAGUACGGGCGACAACAUCGCCGAGCGAGUGGCUGGGAACCACGACGUCGGUGACCGCGCUUCUACACUGGGAAGGGAAUACUAUAGAUGAUGCACGACCGUUGCUCUAUGUGACCAACCUGGGGGAUUGCAAGGUGCUCGUCAUUCGACCAAGCGAGGAGAAGGUCUUGUUCCGGACCGUUGAGCAAUGGCAUUGGUUUGACUGCCCCAUGCAACUGGGGACGAACAGUGUGGACACCCCUCGAAAGGAUGCAGUGCUAUCCGAGAUUCAGUUAGAGGAAGAUGACCUUGUGCUGGCAGUGUCCGAUGGUGUUCUCGACAAUUUGUGGGAACAUGAGCUCUUGACGAUCACACUUAACAGUCUUAAGAAGUGGGAGGCAGGAAAUCACGAAGAAAAGGACCACCACUUUGAACCCCCGGCACAUCUGGCAGAGGAUCGCAUGGUAUUUGUGGCUGGAGAGCUGCUCAAGGCUGCACUGGCUAUUGCUCAGGAUCCGUUUGCGGAGAGUCCGUAUAUGGAAAAGGCCAUCGAUGAGGGUUUGGCCAUUGAAGGAGGGAAAAUGGACGAUAUCAGCGUGGUCGUAGGCGCUUGCAAGAAAACGGCAUCAGUACUGCAUCUGCUGUCACGAAUGUGGCUCACGGCCUCCGGAGCGAACCACUAUGUCCCGAAAUGA